AUACCUGCAAAGUCUAUAUCUGUAUCGAUCAUUAAAUACAAGCAAUCAUCUGAAUAUACCCUCCUGUCACGAGAAACAGCAUGUAUGCUGAUAUGAGGAUAUUCCAAUGAGAAACCUUGGCCAGAGCCGCUGUUCACCCAUGAUAGGUGGCUGCAAAAAUAAAAAUAUAGCAGCUUAAUAGUUUUGAAAUCAUGAAAAUAAAAACGAAUAAAUUCAAUUACAACACUAAAUUUUACAUAUAAAUAUUAAUUCUAAAAUCUUUUCUUACCUUUCAGCUAUGUACAACGUACCCUUGCCAAGUUCUCUGUCAUUAAUAAAAGCCUUGAUAGAUGGUUGUUCAUGGCGAACUCCAUGAGAUGGUGGAGGUAAACUUGUAACUACCACCAUUUUUAUCUAUAUGAAUAGUAAUAUUAGUUAACAAACACCCAAAUCAAACACAAGUAUAGUGGAUCCCACAGAAACAAACAAAACAGAACAUUUAAAUAGUUUUAUGUCAGGCCGAGAACAGUGUUGCCAUGCUCACAUUACACAUUGAAAACACUCACUAUUUUUUAAUCAUGUGCAGAUAGAUAUUUCAGCUAUAUCUAUUUCAUUCUACAUCAAAAUAAACAGUCACACUAAUAACUCUUAAAUACAAUUUCGAAUAAAGCUUUAAUCAAAGACAAAACUAUUUUUUGAAAGAUCAUGACAAACAAAGGACAGCUGCUUUAUUUCUAUAACCAAUAAACUUACAAGAUAUGAAGUAUAUUUCUUAAGAUCAAAUUGACAAGAAAUUCAAAUUAUAUCAAAAUCUCAAGUUUUUCUUCAACUUUAAUAUCAUGCAUAGAUAGUGGAGGAAAUGUUAAAUACAUUGGAUUGAUUUUACUAUGUGUUGUGAAACAUUUUACACCUGGAAUGUCCAUAAAAGACCCAGUUGUAGUUGGUGUAAGAUUGUUUUUGCGUCCUUCAUAUGUCAUAUUCAAUUCUCUGUUAAGAAGUCAAUCAACCCUUAAAUCUACAGUAAAUGUUAAUCUUUUUUAUAAUAGUAACAAUGCAUUGAUUGAUACCCGAAAUCAGUUAAUACCAGAAAGGUAUCAUGUAUUUUCGAGGAUUCACACUUCAAAUGUACUGCCAUCUAAUGACCAAACAACACAAAAUCAAAAUGAAGUUAAAGAAGUACAGAAAGUUAAACCGAAAAAAAAGAAGAAACCAUUAGGAAAGAGAAUAAUAAAUGAACUAAAACAUUAUUACCAUGGUUUCAGAUUGCUUUUUAUAAAUGUAAGAAUAGCACUUGGGCUAACAAUUAAAAAGUUGGGAGGGCAUCAGUUGUCAAGAAGGGAACAUAACUUGUUGAAACGAACAGCAGGAGACAUAUUCAGACUGCUCCCUUUCUCAAUAUUUAUAAUUGUACCAUUUAUGGAACUCACCCUUCCAAUCUUCCUGAAACUUUUUCCUGGAAUGUUGCCGACUACAUUUCAAACAAAAAAGGAAAGAGCAGCAAAAGCAAAGCAGUCAUUUAAAAUGAAAUUGGAAAUGACUAAAUUUCUGCAAGAAACAUUGGAUGAAAUGGCUCCUCUGACUAUAAAUUUAGAAUCCACUGAAUUAGCUAAAGAUUUUACAGAAUUUUAUCAAAAGUUAAGUGUUAAUUUUAUAAUAAAACGUUAUACCAUAUCUAUAUUUAAAUUUAAAUAUUGAUUUGAAGUUUAAAAUUUGUUCACGUGAUUUAUAAAGAAUAUAUUAUACUUAGGUACGGACAACAGGACAGUUACCCUCAACUCAUGAUAUUCUGAAAUAUUCUAAAUUAUUUGAAGAUGAAAUAACGUUGGAUAAACUUCCUCGAGCACAGAUAAUAGCUCUUUGUAGGUUCUUGAAUCUACCAGCGAUUGGUACCACAAGAUUUCUAAGAUUUCAGCUCAAGUCGAAAAUAAGGAAUAUUCAGAUUGAUGAUAAGAUAAUUCAAAAAGAAGGAAUUAGAACAAUGAGGCUUAGUGAACUAAAAGAAGCUUGUAGGGUAAGAGGAAUGCGAUUUUAUGGUCUUUCCGAGACCAGAUUAAGAGAACAGCUUCAGCAGUGGUUAGACCUUUCUAUAGUAAAAAAGAUACCUCCAUCAUUACUGCUCUUGUCUCAGGCAUUUUCACUAACAAACAAAUUGCCGAAUGAGAAGGCAUUGGCAGCUACAAUCUCAUCACUACCAACUGAAGUAGGGACUGCAACAAGAGCUGCUUUAUCAGAACGUGAAGGGAAAUUAGACUAUGAAACAGAAAUACGUUUACUUAAAGAUGAGUUACUUAAGAUUGCAGAAGAAAAUAGAGAAAGCCAAUUGGAACAUCAGAAAAAGAUGGAGUCAUUCAUGAUAGACCCGAAAGAUGAAGCUUCAGAACAACAGAAGCGUUAUGAGAUAAUGAAGAAAAAACUGUUUGAGGAUCUUACCAUCGACGAACUUACAGUUUUGGAGGAGGCGUUGGGACUUAAUCUUUAUAUAGAAAAAGACUGUUUAGCUGAAUUGAAGAAUGAUCUUGAAAAUUAUGAACAGAAAAUCAAAGAGUUAAAAGAAGUGAUGUCAAAGUUGAAACUUUCUGAUGUACUAGUAGAGACUUUGGCAGCCAAACGACUUCAUAGAAAAAUACUUAUGAUAACGCAAAGGCUUGAUGAAGCAUUAGUAACGAUAGAAAACAGAGAAGCUACUCGUUAUGAAGAACCUCAACCAGAUUAUAAAGCCAAGAGAGCAUGGACUAGGUGGACCUUUCCAGUACCAGCUCUCGUCUCCUGUUCCAUUCAAACCUCGCUUCUGGAAUGCAUCUCGCACGCCCUCUUCCCAGGAGAUUCUGGGUCUUCCUCUCGGUCUCCUACCCUGCACGCGAGCCUCAUACGUCUUCCUUGCUACUCUGUUCCGAUCCAUACGGAGAAGGAUAUUAAUGUUGUUCUGGAGGUCACGGUCAUUCUGGGCCAAUAUGACGAGGUCAUCCGCAAACGCCAGCAGAGAGUAUAG